AGGAACUUUGUUCUAAAUUUUGCUAUUCUUUCUUUUGUGUUAUCAAAUCAAAUUCAACAAACGGUGCAUCUAUGUUUCAAGUCAUCAACGUUAUUUUUAUGACACGUACACACUAACUUGGAAACCGCAACAUCAAACCAAACAAAAAACCAGUAAUUUAACAUACUUUGUUUCUUUAACUGACACGUAAAAUUCAACAUUUCUCUAACCAAGCCACGUUGCAUGUUACCUUGCCACCAUGUCCCUUAACUCACUCCUUUUUAAACUCCCUCCAAUACACCAACCUCUCUCAUUCUCAUUCUCAUUCAUUCAACUACUUUCUCUUCUCUCACGUUCUACAUUACAACAAUUUGAAAACCAGAAAAUCAAGUUUUCAUUUCUCUCACAUUUUUCCCUUUCAUUUUGUUUUUGUUGUUGUCACACACAUAAAUACAUAGUUAUGGCUACAAGGGUUGUUUUGGUAACAGUGUUGUUACUCUUUGUGUUUGCCAUUAACUGCAAAUGUUCUAGUGUUGGUCACAUGCCCUCAAAUGAAGAGGAAAGUCAUGAUUUUCAAGAUGUGAAAGCCAAGACCAAGGAAACUGCAAACAAAGCAUCAGAAACUGGUAAAGAAGGAAAAGAAGCAGCAGAAUCAUGGACUGAAUGGGCCAAAGAGAAACUCACUGAAGGACUUGGCUUCAAAGACAAAGAUAAGGACAGUACCACCACUGAUAAGGCAUCUGAAUAUGCUUCAGACACUGCACACAAAACCAAAGAAUAUGCAGAUGAAACUGCACAGAAAUCCAAGGACACUGCUAAAAAAGCCACUGAUCAUGCCCAUGAUGCUGCUGAGAAAACCAAAGACUAUGCUUGGGAUGCUUCUCAGAAGAUCAGGAAUUAUGCCACUGAUGCUGCUGAGAAGACUAAACAGUAUGCAGGUGAUGCUACCGGAAGCUAUGAAGAUGAUGAUGAUGCAGAAGACAAUAGAGACUUUGCUGGUGAAGCUAUUCAUAAGGCUAGAGAAUAUACCGGUAGUGCUGCACAGAAGGCUAAAGAAUAUGCUACUGAUGCUGCACAGAAAGCAGCACAGAAGGCCAAAGAAUAUGCCACUGGUGCAGCAUACAAGUCUAAAGACUAUGCAGGUGAUGCUGUAGAGAAGACCAAAGAGUAUGCAGGCGAUGCUGCAGAGAAGUCCAAAGAUGCUGCCUAUAAAACCAAAGACUAUGCUGGCGAGUAUGCAACUGAUGCAGCAUACAAGACCAAAGAUUAUGCUGGUGAUGCGGCGGAGAAGACCAAAGAAUAUGCAAGUGAUGCUGCUCAAAAAGCCAAAGAUGCAGCAUACAAGACCAAAGAUUAUGCAGGUGAUGCAGCAUACAAGUCUAAAGACUAUGCUGGUGAUGCUGCACAAAAAGCAAAGGAUUGUGCAGGUGAUGCAGCAUAUAAGACCAAAGACUAUGCCGGCGAUGCUGCAGAGAAGACCAAAGAUGCUGCGUAUAAGUCUAAAGACUAUGCUGGUGAUGUUGCAUAUAAGUCUAAAGACUAUGUAGGUGAUGCUGCACAGAAAGCAAAGGAUUAUGCAGGUGAUGCAGCAUACAAGUCUAAAGACUAUGCAGGUGAUGCUUCAGAGAAGACAAGAGAGUAUGCCAAUGAUGCCAAAUAUAAGUCCAAAGAUUAUGCCAAUGAUGCUUCUCAGAAAACCAAAGAAGCUUCUAAAUAUGCCAAUGAUGCUGCUCAGAAAACCAAAGAGGCUUCUGAAUAUGCCAAUGACGCCACUCAGAAGACCAAAAAUUAUGCAACUGAUACUGCUCAGAAAACUAAAGAUAAAAUCCAAGAUGUUGCCUCUGGGACAGGAGAAUACAGUGCAGAGAAGGCUAAAGAAGUGAAGGAGACAGCAGCAGAGAAAGCAAGUAACAUAGCAAAUGCAGCAAAGGAAACUGUAGAAGCUGCAAAGCAAAAAUCACAACAAGUGAAAGACAAAUUGAGUGGACAGCGCCGUGAUCCUGAGCUUUGAGUAUCUCAUAAUUUGUUCUGUCACUAGUUUUUCAAUUAUGCUUUCAUAGAAGAAAAGAUCUUGUGUGUGUAUAUAUAGCAUAUAUUAUGUGUCUUUGUUGUUUUGUUUGCUAGUGCUGUACUUGGUCUCGUAACCACAUAGCACAAGUUUGAACAUUUUGUAUCAAAUCAAAUAUGUUUUUGUUUCCUUAAAACCUUCAUAAAUAAUAUUAGUUACAAUCCUCCAA